AUGGGUGCAGUUCUCAUACAUCAAUUUAAUGACGGAACGCUUCACCCAAUUAUGCACUACUCAGCUACAUUCAAUGCAGCAGAGCGGAAGUAUCCUCAAAUACACAAGGAAGAUCGAUCUCUCGUGUUUGGAUUAAAAAAAUGUCACUAUUACAUUUCUGGUCGUCACUUUACCAUUCAUAUCGACCACAAGCCACUUCUUGCUAUAUUCAACCCGAAAAAUGGCAUCCCGUUGUUUACAGCGGCUCGCCUGCAACGUUACGCAAUCACUAUUCUGUCAUACGACUUCUCUAUUGAAUACAUAAAUACUGACAGCUUUGGAUAUGCCGAUAUUCUUUCUCGACUAAUCGCAAACCAUGUAAAACCUGAUGAAGAUACCGUCAUAGCAUCUAUUCAAUUAGAAGAAGACGAGGACCUCAAAAUCAAUUGUUUUACGGUAGAAACAGCCACCAAACUUCCAAUCACUUUCACUACAAUUCAAACAGCAACCAAAGCCUACCAUACUCUCAAUAAGGUCACGUUCUACAGCCAAAAUGACUGCUGGCCUCAAAAGAAAAAACAAAUCACAGAUAAUGAAGUAGCGGCCUUUUUUCAGCAUCGACAUCAUCUUACGAUCCAACAACAGAGUAUUUUCUUUGGUGAGAGAAUUGUUAUUCCCAAAAUUUACCACCAGCAAGUCCUUGAAGAUCUCCAUAAUGGACAUCCAGGUGAAUGUCGUAUGAAACUUCUUGCUGCUACCAAAGUUUUUUGGCCAAACAUUAAUCUUGAUAUCGAACAUGUGGUCAAAACUUGUGACACAUGCGCUAUAGCCUCAAAAAGUCCAAUGAAAUGUACUCCUCAACAGUGGAAAAUUCCUUCUGCACCAUGGAAACGAAUUCAUAUUGACUAUGCUGGUCCAAUCGAUAGCAAUUACUUCCUUGUUAUCAUAGACGCCUUUAGCAAAUGA